AUGAUCCACGCAAGAAAAAGGAUAACGGCCUGGGAAAAGAAAUGUAUACUGCGCUUUGCCACCUGGAACAUAAAAUCAUUUAACAACAAAGAUCAAGAAACCCUAAAAGAACUUAAAGAUAAUAAAGUCGAUAUAUGUGCCCUACAGGAGACGAAAAAGAAAGGUAAAGGUCAAUUACAAUACGAUGACUAUCUAGUGAUCUACAGCGGAGUUGAAAAACAAACAAGGGCAAAAGAAGGAGUAGCAAUCGCAGUAGCAAGAAAGUACCAAUCAAACAUACGGGACUGCAGUUAUGUAUCCUCGCGAAUCUUGGUCGUAAGAAUGGAAACAGAAGAUCAAAAACUAAAUAUAGUGUCAGUUUACUCACCUGAAGACAAUAAACCAAAACAAGAAAGGGAGUCAUUCUACGAUCAACUCCAAAAUACAAUUCGAUCAUUGCCAAGCGAUCAACAAAUAUUAAUUAAAUAUAACAUGCAUUAG